AUGACUGCUAAAGGUCCCAGAUUGCCGGGGGGAAACCCUGCGGCAGGUAUCUACGCAGACAUGUCCGUUGACGGGCUGGCUCUCGGCACGCUGGUGUGUGUCGUUGACCGGGCGAAGAACCUGCCGAAUAGGAAGACGCUGGGCAAGCAGAAUCCCUACUGUGCUGCUCGUCUAGGCAAGGAAGCCAAGAAGACAGAAACCGACCUGAGAGGAGGCCAGACCCCGAAAUGGGAUCAAGAGCUUCGUUUUACUGUGCACGAGUCGCCGGACUACCUGAAAUUGAAGGUGUCCGUGUUCAACGACGAUAAGAAGACCGAUCUGAUCGGCGAGACGUGGGUCGAUCUCAAAGAUCUCAUCAUUCCGGGAGGAAGCCAGAGCGACCAGUGGCAUCCCUUGCAGUUCAGAGGCCGCUAUGCAGGCGAGAUCCGCAUCGAAAUGACAUACUACGAUACCCGGCCCGAGGGCGAUGCGUUGAUGAAGAGAAAGGAGGCCGUCGAGAAGGCUCUGGGGAAGACGCCGUCGCACUCGGGCCCCGCGGCGGCCGGGCCAACCUCGUCGGGACUCUCGGGUCCUCGUCAAUUGAACCAGGUCAAGAGACGUCCUCUUCCGUCAGACCCGACCGGUGCUUCCACCUCACGCCCACCACCCCCCCCAGAAAAGACCAACUCUGCCCCGGCGGCUGCGCCGGCUCCCAGCCAAGCCCCCGCUGCAGCUCCGGUUGCAGCACCCUCUCCCCUGCCCAUGCCCAUGCCGAUUCAGCAGCCCACACCGGUGAGGCCCGUGGCUUAUGAGCACCACCAUUCGGCGCCGCCAGCUCAGACGUCCGUCUCAUCAUCGGAUCACCAGCGUCGACAUGCCGCCGCGGCUGAUGCGCCGUAUGAACUUCCCUCAUCGCGCGGAUCAGUGUCUCCGGGAUUACCCCCCACUAGAACAUAUGAAACUCCAGAUGAUUUCCACCGAGAGUGGGAGCCUCUUCCGCAGGCAACCAAUCCCAACCACUAUCCCCAGGAGCCUCUGUACCAACAGCAGCAGCAGCAGCAGCAGCAGCAGCAUCACCAUCACCAUCAUCAUCAACAUCAACAUCAACACCAGACACAACCAUCUAGUCACACGGAAAACUACCAUGAUGUCCCGUAUGCAAGACGGUCGUAUGAAUCACUUCCGCAGCCGCAUCAUCACAAUGGCUAUCCCCCAGCUGCAGUGGAGCAGCCACGGUAUGUGCGUGAUGCCUCCCCCCAUGGAGGGGCGAUAUCCAGAUACUCACCGCGGACGAUGAUGAACUCGUAUGAACCGCCUUCUGCGGAAUUUCCCCAUCCAUCUCCAGCCCCCAUCGCUACCGACAAUGACGGCAGCGGAGGAGGGUACCGGCACCACAGUAACUCGGUGGUAGGCCCCAACAGUCCUCUGCACAGCGCCGUCAAUCACGACGCUGCUCAUACUGAUUACGCUUCAAUGCAGCCGAGCGUCGAGGACGAGGAGGAAGAAGGACCCCCGCCGCCGCCGCCGAUCCACCGCACCCCGAUCGGUCAGUCAAGUCGCCAGCGGAUGCCCUCGCCGGCACCCUCAUACAAGGCAUAUUCGCCGGAAUACGCGGCCUCGCCGCGCACGUCGACGGACGUGAAUAUGCCCACGUCCGGUGUGUCCUACUCCUCCUCCCAGAGCACUCACAACAUCAACAUGCAGGCCAGCAAUCGACUCCGGGAUCUGCCACCCCACAGCAACUCCACGGUGAUGCCCCCGAGCCUGAUGGCCGGCUAUGAUCCCGCGAUCGCCGACGCCGAGUCAGACCGGGUGGACCACGAAGACCGAGCCGUCCGUAGACGAAGUGGCCUGUACGAUGACGAACUGGCGAUGGUCUCGCAGCCGCCCGCUCCGCCUGCCCCGCCAGCCCCGUACGAGGCUGCACCCGCGUACCAUGCGCGCACGUCCCCUCGACCACCCGAAGAUGUAAACCAUGGGAUAAUGGUCCGCAGCCGGCGCGGAUCCGCCAGCCCGGACACGCGGAUCGUGCCUCGACGGAAAUCCGUGAGCCCUCGCCCCCCGAUCGCAGCUGACCGGGGCAGUAUGAUGGGUGGCAGCUCGUCCAUUCCCUUCUCUCCAGACUCUUAUAACGUGAUCAACCCGAACGCAGCGCGGUCCGCCGUGACGCGCGACCCGGCACCGCCGUAUGAGACUCCGGCCCAAGCGAUGGAGGCAGCCAUUCGCAGUGAGUCGACCCCGGCCCGGGAUCUGGAACCCAUCAUCGGGGACGAUGGCCGGGUCAUCGACCCGUCGGAUCAUCUACCGACGGAGACGUGGGCACCGGAACCUGAACGGAAGACCAAGAAACCCGAGGUGAUCAUCCGUUUCAAGAACAUACCCAAAUCCACGCCGCCGCGGGAGGUGCCACGGGAGACACCGCGGGCCUCGUACCGGUCUCGUACCGGCGAGCAUGGCUCGUUCUCAUCGGAUCGACGUCCCCACAUGGCCAUGACGACCAUGACUCGCAGCGGGGGCGACGGGUACGGCGGCUACACGCGUAGCCGCACGUACAGCACGACGACGCCCGAUCGUCCGCGGUCGUCACACCGCGGAUCCGUGUCACCGUCGCCCGGGUCUCGGUCGCCGAGUCUGUACGACGACGGUGCAGUGGGACCCCCAAUCCCGGCCAAGGUGCCCGUCGCUCAGCCUGCGAUGCAGAGCUAUCCGGUUGUGGCGAGCAAUCCGGGCAUGGAUGCGCUGAGCCGCGAGUUGCAGACCAUCGACAUUGGCUCGGGCGGGUGGAGUGACAGUCGCGCUGUGCGCAAGUAUACUCCAUAUGUGUAG